UCACGGUCAGUGACAUUCAACCGUCCGUUCCGAGAUUUCCAAGCGACAAGAGAUAGUGUUACGUGUGCAACUAUGUCACCAUGGCUAGGAAUGGUGCAAUUGCUGUGAUUGCGAAAUGCCCUAUGGCGGGCAAGAGUAAAACGCGUCUGAUACCUCUCUUGGGUGAACAGGGAUCGGCUGCCUUGGCUCGUGCCAUGCUCUCGGACGUUCUCACCAGUCUGUCACGUUGUGAAGAGUUGAAGCCAGCGAAAAAAAUUCUGUUCUAUGCUCCCCCAACGCAGCAAGGUCUCGAAAUAAUGCGAGAAAUUCUCAUCAGUUUGUCACUAUAUAGUCAACCUCACCAAGAAUGGGUUUUGCUACCGAUGGUGUCGGUUUCAUUGGCAUCUUCAGAUCUAGGGGAUCAACUCACCGACGCCUUAGUGCGUGCAAGGCAAGUUCAGGUAGAAGAGCACCAUACCGCCAACGCUUUGCCUGGACCCGUGAUAUUUCUCGGCAUGGACGCCCCGGAACUCCCACUCGGUGAAUUGGUCUCGGCCUUUGAGCACCCCGACACAGCUCUUUUAUGUCCCUCCGACGAUGGGGGCUACGGAAUGUUAUCCGUGCCGGCAACGGCCGAUGCCGACUCCAUCUUUGAUGGAAUCCGGUGGUCCGAUCCUUUAACGGCAGUCGCACAACUCAAGAAUUUAACGGAUGGCGGUGUCCCCGUUCGGAUCGGACAACUGAUGCAUGAUAUGGACGAGCCAGACGACGUCUUAAAUUUGUGCGCACGCUUGCGAAUCCAUCAUUUGCAGGAUUCAUCUCUCUUGCCGUCUUUGCCGAACAAUGCUAAGGCGAACGCCGCACCAUCCGUAGAUUCCAAUUAUGGUCGUUUGCUAGAGCUUCUUGCGCUCGCUUAA